AUGGACCCCACGAGGUACCAAUCACUGAAGGAAGAAGUAGAUCGCCUUUUGGCGUGUGGCUUCAUAAGGGAGUCGUUCUACCCAAACUGGUUAGCAAAUCCCGUACUCGUGCCCAAGCCUAAUGGCUCAUGGCGCACAUGUGUUGAUUUCACUGAUUUAAAUAAAGCUUGUCUGAAGGACAGUUUUCCGCUUCCUAGCAUUAACCAGCUUGUCGAUGCCACUGCAGGUCAUGAACUUCUUAGUUUUAUGGACGCAUACUCGGGAUAUAGACGAAUUUCAAUCUAUGAACCAGACCAGGAACAUACCUCUUUUAUUACAGAUCGAGGCAAUAAGAAGUUUCAGUGGACUGAGAAGUGCGAAGAGGCUUUUCAAGCUCUUAAGUCACAUUGGGGGCAACCCCCAAUCCUUUCAAAACCGAUGUCUGGAGAAAUAUUAUUCAUCUACCUCGCAGUGUCUGAAAACGUGAUUAGUUCAAUGAAGAAACUGGCAUUUGCCCUGGUAAUAGCGUCAAGAAAAUUGGGACCUUAUUUCCAAGCUCAUAGCAUUGAAGUUUUAACAAACUACCCCUUGAGGCAAGUUUUGGUGAAACCAGAGGCCUCAGGAAGAUUGUUAAAAUGGUCAGUAGAGUUGAGUCAGUUCUAUAUUAGGUACAAGCCUAAAUCUACGAUUAAGGGGCGGGCCCUUGCGGAUUUCAUACUCGAGUUUCCAAGCACUGAGAUAGCACUUAUAGAAGAAAAAAUUGAUCCUAACAUACUAGAUGGUGAAGGAUGGACUUUAUACGUUGACGGAGCCUCCAACAGCAAAGGCUCCGGAGGUGGUAUAAUACUCAUAAGCCCUAGUAAUUUUAAGGUACAUGCUGCACUUAGAUUUGAAUUUUCUGCAUCUAACAACGAAGUCGAGUAUGAGGCUUUGAUUGAAAGAUUGAAACUCACUUUUGAGAUGAAGAUCGAGCAUUUACAAGCCUUCUGCGACUCCCAAAUCAUUGAAUGCCAAGUGAACGAAGAGUAUCUGGCUAGAGGCAGAUGUUUGGCUAGAUACCUCGCCCUAACUUGCGAGUUGCUACAGAAAUUCAAAAAAGUGAUUGUUUCUCGAGUACCCCGUGCUCAUAACUCUCAUUCAGACGCUUUGGCCCGUUUGGCCUCAACAAGAGAAGCUGAGUUACUCGAUGUAAUUCAUGUUGAUGUGUUAACUCACCCAACAGUAAGUCAAAUCGAAGUAAUGGAGGUAAAUACUGCCAGAGAAGUCACAUGGAUGACUCCAAUAAUGGAUUACUUGGAAAAAGAAAUCCUACCCGAAGAUAAGAUUGAGGCUAGAAAACUACGGUAUCCAGCAGCUUGGUAUGUCAUUUAUGAUGGCAGGCUUUACCGCAGAAGCUUCAGCCAACCGUUGCUCAAAUGUAUUGAUGGAGCCGAGUGCGAUUACAUACUCCACGAAGUGCGUGGUGGCAUCUGCGACAACCACGCCGGGGGUAAUUCCCUUUCAUUAAAAAUAAUGCGGCAAGGGUAUUAUUGGCCGACACUACGAGUAGACGCCUCAAACUUCGCUAAGAAAUGUGAAAAAUUUUAG